AUGAGGCCUGAGAACCACAGCGGCGUGUCCCAGUUCCUCCUGCGAGGACUCCCCAUCCGGCCUGAGCAGCAGGGCACAUUCUUCGUCCUGUUCCUGGGCAUGUACCUGACCACGGUGCUGGGGAACCUGCUCCUCAUCCUGCUCACCAGGCUGGACGCUCGCCUGCACACGCCCAUGUACUUCUUCCUCAGCCACUUGGCCUUCUCUGACAUCUCUUUCUCAUCUGUCACCGUCCCUAAGAUGCUCACAGACAUGCAGACUCAGGACCAUGCCAUCCCCUACGCAGGGUGUGUAACACAGAUGUAUUUUUUCAUGGUUUUUGCUGCUUUGGACAAUUUCCUUCUCACCUCAAUGGCAUAUGAUCGGUACGUAGCCAUCUGUCACCCCCUCCACUAUAUCACCUUCAUGAGAGAGGAACUGUGUAUCUUACUGGUAGCUGGGUCCUGGAUCCUCUCCUGUGCCAGUGCCCUGUCCCACACCCUCCUCCUAGCCCAGCUAUCCUUUUGUGGUGACAAAACCAUCUUCCAUUUCUUCUGUGACUAUGGUGCCCUGCUGAAGCUAUCCUGCUCGGACACCUCCCUCAAUGAGCUGGUCAUUUUCACAGUAGGAGUGGCCGUCAUUACUCUCCCUCUAAUAUGCAUCUUGAUCUCUUAUGGUCGCAUUGGGGCCACCAUCUUGAGGGUUCCAUCUACCAAGGGCAUCUGCAAAGCCUUGUCCACCUGUGGCUCCCACCUCUCUGUGGUGUCUCUGUACUAUGGGACAAUUAUUUGGCUCUAUUUUUUACCCUCAUCCAACAGUAAACUGAGCAAUUACUACAUGUUUAAUGCACCUCUCUAA